GUAUCAGUUUGAAAAUAAAAUUUACUUGAACAAGACGUACACAUUACAACAUACCUCGCGAUGUAGUGUGUAGUUCUCGCCGGAAAAAAUUUAAUAUUCCGAUUUAUUUUCGUUGAACGCGAAUGUAGUGUUGCUAAAAAUCGCACUUAUUAGCAUAGUCCUUUAAAAAUAGAUACCGUUUUGUUUAGUCUACCCACCAAUAAAAUAUAUACGAUGCGCAUUGAAAUCGAUUAUCGAUACCAUGCGUUUAUAAAUUUUUAUAGUUGAAAAAAUUCGUUUCUAAUGCACGUGACUGGUGACUGUGACUGUGACAGUGAGAGAAUUCGGCUCAGAGACCAUUACUUCAGACCGGAUGAUGAGCAACAUGUGCAUUCGGACUACUCGGAUAUUCAGGGAAAUUACCUGAGAUACGGAUACUAAAAAUUGUCAAUUUUAUAUGCUGUUUAUCGGAUUUUGAAUAAAAAUUGAACAAUGAACAGAACUUUCGGAACUUGGUUGCUGUGUCAGUACAUUUUAUCAGCUCUGUUAAUUACUUCGGUAAAGUCAAGUUCUAAUGCUGAAUACUGCAAAUGUACACUGGAAUCUUGUGUUAACUUUAAAUACAUGUACGAAUGCAAACUGCCCUUUGUUCCUGAUUCAAAAAUUACAGUCGGAAUGAAUGUAAAUAACGAAGUAAAAAAAGUCAAUAUGAAGGAGGUAGAUAUAAUAACAAUCAACUGUUGGAACAACAACAAACCUGAUUACAUUGAAUUGAUUAAAAACCUAUCUGUUCGCGGAACUGAAAAGGUCAAAUAUUUUGAAAUAUACAAUUGUUCCAUACCAAAUGUACCGUUCGUUGAAAUUUUCAACGUUUUCAAAGCCACAAAUGUCACAUACUUGGAAUUAAUUUCAGCGAAAAUAACCAGUGAUCUUAAGGAAUCUCAUUUCGAGGGCCUCAGUAAUCUGAAGUUAUUGCAUUUAAAAAAAAACUUCGACCAUUUACCCGAAACCGUCUUCAAUAAAAUCCCUACCUUGGUAGAAUUGCAGAUAAUAAACAACCCUGCGCUGAAAUCCUUGCCCAGUGGAAUAUUCGAACAACUAAAACAACUUACAAAUCUCAAUCUUUCUGAAAAUAAUUUAAGCAGCGUAGAUGGAAAUAUUUUCAAAUCCAUGCCCAAAUUGAAAGAAUUAUAUUUACACAAUAACAAACUAGUCGACCUGCCGGGCUCUGCAUUCAGUAAUUUGACUGAGCUAACUAAACUCACCCUGCACACGAAUAAAAUACAGACUUUGAAUGAUGGUACUUUCGAUGAUUUAAAACAGCUGCAAGAUCUAUCCUUGCACGAAAAUGAACUGCUUAAAGUACCCGAAAAACCAUUCAUAAAUAAUUCAAACUUGAAAUCUAUUAGAAUGGAAGCAGCCUUUCAUGAGAAUUUUACGGGAUUACCAUCUGAAUUCUUCGCUAACCUGAAAAUGCUUAAGCUGCUGUACCUAGAUAAAAAUCAUUUAUCUCAUUUGCCCGCUGGACUAUUUCGGAACCUUACUAGUCUUCGGCAAUUGCGCCUCAAUUUCAAUAAAAUCUCUCAAUUGGACGAUAAAUUAUUUUAUGAUUUGGUAAACCUCCAGCAGCUUUAUCUACGCGGCAAUAAUCUAACUUUGUUCACAACGAAUCAUAUGAACGGCUUACUGAGACUGACUCAUUUGGAUUUGAGUAUGAAUAAACUAACAAUGGAAAACGAUUCAAAGUCUUUAUAUUCAACCAUAGACAGAUGCUGCGAGAAUUUAGAAAAUUUAAUCUUGAGCGAUAAUCUGGUGACGAGAGUAUUCGAAGACUGGACUUUUUAUUUGCCUGCUCUCAAAAAACUGGACCUCAGCAAUAAUAGAAUUAGUAGUCUAAAGACGGAAGAUUUUCAUUUUCGUGAAAGUACAACUACUGAUGUGAUCUUUAAAAAUAACACAAUAACGAGCAUAAACAUAAAUGAAGCUGAAUUAGAUAAAUACAAGCGAAAAACGAGCAUAACAUUUGACAUAGGCCGUAAUCCGCUGAAAUGCGACUGUAAUGCUCUAAGUUUGGCGCAGUACUUGCACUUAUUGGAUAGCAACAAAACAAUAUUAAUAAAAUUGAAAGCUGACGAAUUGAUCUGUGAUACACAUUAUCGGUUAAAGCAAGUACCAAUCAACAAUAUUUCUUCUUUAACCGAGUUUAAAUGCUCCAUUUCAGAAGGAUGUCCAGAAGACUGUGAUUGUUAUACUAGACCAUAUGAUACAACUAUUGAAGUCAAUUGUACUUCUAAAAACCAAAUAGAAUUUCCAAACAGCCUCCCCAAGGUACCAGAGGGCUACGGCGUUGAAUUAUUAUACACAAAUAAUAAUUUAACAUCAACUCGAGGAUUACAGAAUUUAAUCGACCAUGAUUACAACGUAACCACGAUAGCGUUGUCUCACAAUCGACUGGAACAAUUCGAUGUGAAUGAAUUACCAAAAGGAUUAAAAGUUAUGGAGCUUCACAACAACAAUCUGAAAUAUUUAAAUGGAACAAUAUUUGGACAAGGGGAGAGGAAAGACUUUACGAAUCUAACUUUUCAUGAAAAUCCAUGGGAAUGUAACUGUGCUUUGUCGGAUUUGUGGAAUUUUAUCGAUCGAACCAAAUCGCUGAUAGAUAACUCGAAAAUAAAAUGCAACGACGACCGUCCUUUUUCAAAACUCAGCAUAGAAGAUUUUUGCAGUCACUCAAACACUUACAUUUUAAUUUGCGUCAGCUUAGCUAUAUUAGGACUGCUGAUUGCUACCGUUACAGUUUUAUACUACAAAUUCGAACAGGAGAUCCGCGUGUUGAUGUUCAAGUAUAAAAUUUGCCUUUGGCUAGUCUCCGAAGAGGUUGUAGAUAAGGAUAAACCAUAUGACGCUUUUGUGAGCUACUCGCAGAAAGAUGAACAUUUCGUUAGAACAGUUUUAGUACCUGGAUUGGAGAACAACGGCGAGUACAAUUACAAAUUAUGCGUUCACUACAGGGACUUCAAAGUUGGUGAAUUUAUUCCUAGUCAAGUCGUGCAAAGCGUAGAAAACUCCAGACGAACGAUCAUAAUACUGAGUCCACAUUUCUUGAAAAGUGUUUGGGGUCGAAUGGAAUUCAGAACGGCGCAUUUAAAGGCUAUUAAAGAAGGCUGUGCUAGGGUAAUCAUCAUUAUGCUCGAAGAUGUCACUAGGGAAAAACUCGAUCCGGAGUUGAAAACUUAUAUUACAAUGAACACGUACGUGGAAUGCGGCGAUCCGUUAUUCUGGGAUAAAUUGAAGUACGCUUUGCCUCAUCCUCAAAGGAUUUUCAAGAAGAAAUACAAACACGCAGAACCGGAAGUGUGUUUGAAAUUAUACGACAGGGAGAAGGAGGCGAUGCAGGCUAGUGAUGGUUGAGAAAUUUAAUAAUAAGUUCUUGGUACCAGUUACCCAUCAAUAUUGUACAUACACAUAUCCUUGCGUAGACCAUACUCAAAGGCGUAGGCGUAGACCACCAAAAAAAACCCACCGCGUACCAAAAACCAGCCGCCAAUGUAAUUUUUAUUCAAAAAACCACCACGUGCCAAAAACGGCACGUAAUGUAUUUCGGAAUACAUUACGUGCCGUUUUUGGCACGUGGUGGUUUUUCGUUUAGAAAUACAUUGACGUGCCGUUUUUGGCACUGUUGGUCUACGCAGGGAUAUUAUUGUAAAUACCAUGUUUACCUAGUGAUCUACCGUGAUGGCAUUUAAUACUUAUUUGUAGAAUAAUUAUUCAGAUAAUCCUCAGGUACCUUACUUCCUUCGCAGGUUUUUCCAUAACAUCUUGAGAUUGACGACACUCCGUUCUCCGUUAUCACUUAAGAUACUUAGUACUAGUACUUAUAAUUUGUAUUAUAUGUUUAUGUUUAUGAUAUAGUACGUUGACUUGUAGCUUUCAGACUUUCACUUACCCUAGAAAUUUUCUUGAAGUUGAUCUGCAUGGGUUUCGCAAAGUCGUUGCAAAUUAAUGUAGAGGAAAACUAAUCGAAACUUCACAACACGAACUCGAAAACUUUAAACUAAAAUUCGGCAAUUCGCAACACGAAAGAAUAAUGCUAUAAACAUUUUGAACGAAUAAAAAUAUCUAAUAAUUUAAUCCCUUACCACCUUUUCCUUAUCACAAAGCAUGGCCAUUUUAUGAUGUUUGGUUUGUUUUGUUUACUACACACUACAGAGACUGGUGACUCGGACAGAAGGCCUGAGCGCUGAAUCGUUAUCACCUUCUGACGUCACACCUUAAGGGGACUCGAUUGUGUUUACCAUUUGAAUUUUAACGUAUGAUUAAAUGGCGAAUUCGUGAAAUUGAGUAAAACUUUCGUUGAAAAAGUUAUUAAAAUGAUGACUAAUUAAUUAAAUUCGUUCUAAAAUGUGGUACAGUGAUGAAAUAUUGUUGUUUUCAUCUACUGGUGGUGUUGGAUUAUCAUUUAUUUUUGUACAAAAGUGAAUUUUUCGCGAUCUGUUUGUGUUGUGACUGUUGUGUGAUUUGGAUAUGUAGAUAUCUUGUGAAGUGAAUAAAAAUGAAAACUGAUGUGUACUAGUGCCUGUGUUUUACUUGAAUAACGUUGCAGUGAAAUGAAUAGUGCACCAUAAAAUCUACAAUGAGUUUUAAACCUGCAUAGUGAAUACAAGAAUACAACCAUCCAACUACAAUGGAUAUCUGAUCAAGAAACCAUCAAAAUCUCAAACCAAUUUGCUGAAAGUGUUCGAAUCAUCAAUUUUAUCACUCAAGUUGGUCAGCAAAAUCAGAGAAAUUGUUUUUAUCGAUCAUAUCACUGCUGAAGAAACUAAACAGUUAUCUGUCCUGUGGUUUUUUACCUGUAGUUGAAAAUGGAAAUGGAAUACACACAUUGGAAUUAGAGUUGAUAUCAUUUUAAUUUAGUGGGAUUUGGACAAAUUCGACAAUUAUUCAUUAUAUUUCACCAGUGAGUUUUGUAAUAUCUUCCAAAAGGUAUAAUUUUGUCAUGUGUAUGCAUAACUUUCAUCUUUAAUGUUGAAAAACAGUGUUGUUUAUCACCUCAUUUUUUCAUUUUGUUCAUUUAAAUCAUUCCUUAGUGAUCUUAAAUUAAUUAUUAAAUAUCAGAAUGUGAUUUAAAACGCAAAAUAAAAUGUUCUUGGGAUUUAUUUCGUUCUAGUGCAUUAAUAUUGCAUUCAUUUCUAUAGUGUUAUCGGAGUAUGUACUCCCCAAUAGUGAUGACGUCACAAAACAGCGCUCAGGCCUUUUACUAUAGGUGGUAUUGGACAGUGACUCCGUGAUUGGGUGACAGUGGCAAUGGUGGUGGCCUGGAGGGGGAUUCUUUAUCAGCUUUUCGAAUUCGAAAUGUAAUUAAAUGAUUGAACUUGUUGCAUAGGUACUUGAUACACACUUGUUUAAUGAAAUAAUAAUAUGGAAAGGAAAACAUAAUGAGAUUUCCUCAAAGGAUUUGAAUUAGGGAUCAGAUUCGAUCUUCUUGCUUUCUGUUUUUUGGUAAUAAGUAAUUAUCUAGGUGAGAAAUUCUGAAUUUGCGCUAAAAUAUUCAUUCAAAUUCAAUCAACAAUGAUAAAUUAAUUAAGUUACUAUAAAUUAGUUUAUUAUUCCUUUUUUCAAUUUUUUUU